AUGGCGUCCGCCCACUCGCUCCGGUGCCUCGUGAGGCCGGCGGCCAUUCCCCGGGCUCCUCGCAUCCAGCCCAUCCUCGCCGCCCCAUUCUCGACCACCAGCGCAGUCCAGGCCGCCGCCGCGCCGCCGCCCAUCAAGAGCCGUCGGGACCUCCCGCAAAAGGUCAAGAAGGCCUACAAGAAGAAGGCCAACAUCGUCCCCGUCCGGAAACCCAACCCCGGCGAGCGCAAGGCCUUCCGGAAGCGCAUCCAGCUCAGCAACAACAGCGCCCUACCCGUCGAGGGCCUCGACUCGCUGGACCAGAAGAACAUGACCCUUGAUGAGAGUGCUGGAAAGGUCUUUGCCAUUCCCGACAAUGUGGUGGAUCACCUCCGUGCCCUCGAGGCCUUCAAGACUACACAGAGCUGGAACCUGUUCCGGAGGCCGCAUGUGCUACUACGCAAGGAGACGGUUGAGCUGAUGAAGAGGCUCGAGGCCUCGGCUGAGAAGAAGGAGGCUCUCAAGUGCGUCUUGACCGGAAGCAAGCUCUCUGGCAAGAGCAUGACUAUGCUGCAGGCCAUGGCCUAUGCACUUCUCAACAACUGGGUUGUGUUGCACAUUCCCGAGGGCCAAGAUCUGACAAACGGCAACACUGAGUACUCACCCAUCCCCGACACAGAGCCCAUGCAGUUCGCCCAGCCCGUCUACUGCCUCAAGAUGAUCCAGAGCAUCUACCGGGCCAACCGCACAGCCCUCGAGAAGCUGCAGCUCGAGAAGGACUGGUCCAAGUUCACCAACCUCAAGCAGGGCGCCACCCUCGCCGACCUCGCCCUCAGCGCCAAGGAGGCCGAGUACGCUUGGCCCACCCUCCUCGCUCUCUGGACCGAGCUCACCCUGCCCGGCCGUCCCCCCGUGCUCUUCGCCCUCGACGGCCUCUCCCAUAUCAACAAGAUCAGCGACUACCGGGACCCCUCCUUCAACGAGGUCCACUCCCACGAGCUUGCUCUUGUGCGUCUCUUUGUUGAUGCCCUCUCAGGCAAGGCUCCGCUGCCCAACGGCGGAGCCGUCAUCGGUGUCACAUCGGCGAACAACGCCCACCGCCACCCCUCGCAGGAGCUCGUCCUCUCCCAGCUCGAGGCUGGCCAGGCCGGCCGCGAGGUUCCCAAGCCCAACCCCUACGAGCGCAAGUACGACGAGCGUGUGUAUGAUGCUCUCAGGCACAGCUGGGUGCUCCGGCUCGAGGGCAUCACCAAGGACGAGGCCCGGUCCCUGAUGGAGUACUGGGGCGCCAGCGGCCUCUUCCGCAACGUGCUCAACUCGAGGACCAUCUCGGAGAAGUGGACUGUGGGAGGCCACGGCAUCGUGGGUGAGAUGGAGCGGGCAGCCUUGAUGCAGAUGAGACUGUAA